AUGGGAGAAGUUGAUCCAGCUUUCGUUCAAGCCCCUGAACACAGGCCUAAACUCUCAGUUAUUGAAGCUCAAGGCAUACCCUUGAUUGAUCUCUCAGUGUUGAGCUCUCCUGACGACACCUUUGAAGAUGCUCUUGUUGCGGAGAUAGGCGAUGCAUGCAAGAAGUGGGGUUUCUUCCAGGUGAUCAACCAUGGAGUGCCCCUGAAAAAGCGCCAGAGAAUAGAGGAAGCAGCCAGGAAAUUUUUCGCUCAGCCCUUGGAGGAGAAGAGGAAAGUUCGGAGAGAUGAGGAGAGGGUGGUGGGGUACUAUGAUACUGAGCAUACUAAGAAUGUAAGAGAUUGGAAAGAAGUGUUUGAUUUAACUGUACAGGAUCCAACCUUCAUCCCAGCUUCGCUUGACCCUGAUGAUGAAGAAAUAGAUGAGUGGCAUAAUCAGUGGCCUGAGUAUCCUCCCGAAUUAAGGGAGGCAUGUGAAGAAUAUGCUAAAGAGAUGGAGAAGCUAGCUUUCAAGUUGAUGACUCUGAUUGCUUUGAGUCUGGGGUUGCCUGGAAAUAGAUUCCAGGGCUUCUUCAAAGAUCAAACUUCCUUCAUUAGACUCAAUCACUACCCGCCUUGCCCCGCCCCUAACCUCGCUCUUGGCCUUGGUCGACACACGGACGCCGGGGCCUUAACAAUCCUCGCUCAAGAUAAUGUUGGAGGACUUGAAGUGAAGAGAAAAUCAGACGGCGAGUGGAUUCGUGUCAAGCCCACCCCGGAUGCUUAUAUCAUAAACGUUGGUGACAUAAUUCAGGUGUGGAGCAAUGAAGCUUAUGAGAGCGUGGAGCACAGGGUAAUGGCGAACUCAGAGAGGGAAAGGUUUUCGAUUCCAUAUUUCUUGAUCCCUGCACAUUACACCGUUGUGAAGCCCUUGGAUGAGCUGACAAAUGAGCUGAAUCCUGCCAAGUAUAGAGCAUACAAUUGGGGAAAGUUUUUCACAACUAGAAAGCUCAGUAAUUUCAAGAAGCUUAGCGUUGAGAACAUCCAAAUCUCUCAUUUCAAGAUACAGGAGUUAUCAAACAAGCUAGAGGGAGGUCUCACUAUCAAUUAGGUUGCUUUCUGUGCAUGAUUCCCAGCUGUAGAUAUAGCAGAAAUGAGGCUCUGUAAACAUGGUUUCAGCCUAGUGCUACAAUAAUGUUAUAUGUAAAUGGCAAUAAUGGGAUUUGAUGGAAAUUAUCUUUCUGGAUUUUUCUAAGAUUAAA